AUGAAUGUCUCAAACAUAAUUUCAUGUUUCAAUGAGAAUGCUGUGAAUGUGUCACAUUCCUCAUCAUCAUGUUCUAGCUAUUCAAACAAGUCUUGUAUAUCUCAAAACCUCACACCUUCAACACAAAACUCAGUCUCAUCAAUCUACAAAGCAAUCCUCUCCAACAAAAAACAGAUGUUGAUCACAGUUACUUGGAGUAAAAGCCACUCAAAUCAAGGACUCACAAUAGUCUUCAAUGAAGAAGAAGAUCCACUGGCUGCAAGAGUUUUCAGACUCAACACAAACUCAAGGCUUUUCAGAAGGAAAAAAGGAAGCAAGUUGGUUGAAGUGGAACAUAUUCAUCAUGGAUAUUCAAAAGUUGAAGUCUUUUGGGAUCUUUCAAAUGCAAAAUAUGAAACUAGUCCUGAACCUGUUGAUGGAUUUUAUCUAACAGUUUUAGUUGAUUCAGAAAUUGUGAUUAUUCUAGGUGACAAAGUUGAAGAAAACUUAACAAAGAAGCUGAAAAAAAGAACUUUUUUAGGUAAAGUUUCACUUUUUUCAAGAAGUGAAUAUUUUUCAGGUAACACAGUUCAUUACACAAGUAAGACUAAGUUCUGUGAAAGUGGAACGUUUCAUGAUAUUUUGAUUAGAUACAGUGGUGAAAAUGAAGGGUUUAAAUCACCUGUUUUGAAUGUUUACAUUGAUAAGAAGAUUGUGAUUUGUGUGAAGAGGUUGAAGUGGAAUUUUAGAGGGAAUGAAACUAUUUUUGUGGAUGGAUUGUGUGUGGAUUUUCUUUGGGAUGUUCAUAAUUGGUUUUUUAGAGGUGUUUCUGGUUAUGCUGUGUUUAUGUUUAGGACUAGGAGUGGUUUGGAUAAUAGGUUGUGGUUAGAGGAAAAAUUGGAUGUGAAAGAUAUAAAUAGAGAUGAGUUUUCAUUGUUGAUCUAUGCUUGUAAAACUACAUAA